AUGAAAACAUCAAAGAAAUUGUACACAAUAACCAAUGAAGUAAGAUGCUCUAAUAUAAUAGAACAAAGUUAUAUUCCUUUAGCCUCACGAACUAGCCCCACAAUAACUAUGAAGUCUCUUGUCAGUGAAUAUGAACGAGAAAGAGAACAUAAUGGUGAUCAUAGACCAACUCGAAAUAUUAUGGAAGAUCAAAUAAUUUUAACAAUUGUUAAAUUGAAGCACAAUAUGAGUUUUGAUAUGUUGGCCCAUUUGUGCUCCAUAAGUAAAACAACAGCUAUUGAAUAUUUUUGGAAAUGGAUAGAUGUAAUGUCAGAAAAAUUAAAAUUUUUAAUUAGAAUGGAAGCUCGAGAACACAUUUUCGAAACCAUACCACAUAUUUUCAAGUCAAAGUUUCCACGGCUUACUUCAAUAAUUGACUGCUUUAAUGUGUUUAUUGAGUCACCUGGUCCUUUGUUAGCAAGAGCACAAUGUUAUAGUAGUUACAAAAAACAUUGCACAUUAAAGGUUUUUAUUUCCUGUACACCACUUGGUGCCAUUAACUUUUUAUCUAAAUGUUGGGGUAGUCGUGUUUCUGACAUUCAAAUUGUAAAAAAAUCAAACUUUACAUCAUCAAAAUACCACUACCCUGGAGAUCAAAUUUUGGCUGAUCGUGGUUUUACAUUGAAAGAUGAUUUUGCUGCUCAUUCCAGUUCGGAACUGUUGGUUCCUGCAUUCGCAAAAAACAAAUGCCAGCUAUCAGCUGAAGAAGUUGAAUCUACCAGAAAUAUUGCAUCUGUAAGGAUUCAUAUAGAAAGGAUUAUAGGAUUAAUGAAAAAUCGUUAUAAAAUUCUAAAAGGAAUCUUGCCAAUAAGAUCAGUGAAAAGUCUAAAGGAUGAGGCAAAUCAUUUAAUAUAUGCAAGCUGUGAUAAAGUUGUUCUGGUGUGUGCUGCUUUAACGAACUUGGGAGAAAGUAUUGUGUUUUGCUAG